AUGCCGUCGAGAAAGCGAAAGAGAUCGACAUCAUGUAGUGUUAAUGUUAAGAAGUCAAGAUCACAAGCUUUUUUGGAUACUUUAUCUGUCGAUGAAUCAAAAGUUUGGUUGGACGAAAUUAUUCCGAAGGGUCCAUAUGAAAAAUUAGUGAAUUGGCGUCACAUUUCAUCUGUUCCGACGAUGAAGGAACUGAAGUCAGCAACAAGCAUUGGACCAUUCAAUGGUGCAUAUUUUAUUGAAUGGAUGCAGUGUUUAAUUAGAGAAGACCUUCUUCUCGUUCCGCCAGCGAUUCAUACACAUUUGGAGAAUCUCGAUGAUGAUAUUAAUAUUGACGAACUCGCUGAACUCGUCAGUGUAACACCUGAAGAUGGAGAUUUUUUUAAAGAUUGGCUUUCGUGCUAUGUCACUGCCGCCUCUGCUGAAACAACAACACCUGCAUAUAACGACACAAUAUUAAAUCAUGAUUUAAAAUUAGAAUUUCUGCAGCCAAAAUUAAACAUGUUCUGCACAUCUAAUCAUAUUAGAUUAAUUUCGGUACGGAGUCAUCAUGUGGUCCUUCGAUGCAAAUUAAAGAAGAAGUUGUCAAAAUUUACAACGAAGGAUGGCGGCAACACAGCUUCUCACUUGUGUGACGUGAAAAACUGUUUACGACCUGAACACUUGAUCAUUGAAAACAUGGCAAUGAAUGUAAGUCGCCUCGCAUGUCCAGGCGUCAUUUUAAUCUUACAAAAUCAAGAACCAAACACACCAAAAAAAAUUAUGCAAAUUAAGCCAUGUCAACACGGCAUUAAUCAUCGAAACGCCAGUGGCAAUUUUCUUAAAUUUUCGUGUCGAAAAAUACAAGUCAUGAUCGAAGAUGCAGCUAUUGCCGUGAGAGCAAUACUUUUCAAUCGCGUAAUAACAACCAUCUAA